AUGACGACCGAUACCGCAGCUUCUGACCCCGCGGCCAAGGUCAAGUCCCACGCCUCGACGGUGUCUGACGUUGGGUAUCCUCAUGGCCACUUGGGUCACCUCAACGAGCACGAGGAAACGCAGCUCGCCGCCUUCAGAACGCUGCUCGAGGAGAAGGGGCUGUACAAGCCAGGCCCGCCAGCUUCCCACGACGACCCGACUCUGCUCCGAUACCUUCGCGCACGAAGAUGGGUCCCCGAAGACGCUCUCACGCAGUUCAAGGACACGGAAGCCUGGCGCGCCGCCAACGACAUUGACGUCCUCUACCAGACCAUCGAGCUCGAUGCCUUUGAGCAGUCCCGUCGCCUGUACCCGCAAUGGCUUGGCCGCCGCGACCGUCGCGGCAUUCCCAUCUACCUGUUCGAGGUCCAGAAGCUCGACAGCAAGACAGUCGCUACUUAUGAGAAGCUGGGCAAGGAAUCGACCUUUAGCAAAGCCAAGUUCGACGGCAAGACGCCCGCGGGCAUGAUGCGCCUGUUUGCGCUGUACGAGAACCUCACUCGCUUCACCCAGCCGCUGUCGACGCAGCUUAGAGACCGCGAGCACCGCGACGCUCCCAUCACCCUGAGCACCAACAUCGUUGAUAUCUCUGGGGUCAGCUUGAAGCAGUUUUGGAACUUGAAGGGACACAUGCAGGCUGCUAGUCAGCUCGCAACGGCGCAUUAUCCAGAGACUCUCGAUCGUAUCUUCAUCAUCGGUGCCCCUGCAUUCUUCUCAACAGUGUGGGCCUGGAUCAAGCGUUGGUUCGACCCUAUCACGGUCUCCAAGAUCUUCAUCCUCAGCCCCCACGAGGUCCGCCCGACACUCGAGCAGUUCAUCGAACCCCGCAACAUCCCGAAACAGUACGGCGGCGAGCUCGAGUUCAAGUUUGGCGACCAGCCAACCGUCGACUCCGCAUGGGAGGGAAUCGUGGAGUGGGCCCCCGGUCACGACCGCUUCACGUCACGCCCUGCUAUCUGGCGCGAGACUGAAGAUGGUACACGCGUUGAGUGCAUUGGUAUCGGCAGCGUCAAGGGCGUCGAGCAGAAUGAGGUGAUUUGCUCCGUACCCAAGACGUGGCCGCCCAAGGCUGAGGUACCUGCUGCCGAGCCGACACCGAUUGCAACACCUGCGACUAAGGAAGGGAGCGUGACGGAAGAGGCCGCCGGCGCCAAGACGGAGACCGAGGAGCCUGUCAAGGCCGCCCAUGCGCCAGAGGCUGGUAUGCAGAAACUUUCCAUUGCGGACGACAAGCAGGUCGCAGAGAAACACGUCGAGGGCAGCACGUCAACGCCCCCGCCGGGACUGGCAUAG